AUGGCAGACCAAGGAGCUCUGGCGCUGCAUCGCGCCGCCUAUGAUGGUGACCUGCAGGCCCUUCAGACGGCGCUGCGGAAGAAGGACUGUGACGUGGACGCGCGCGACAAGCAUGGACACACGGCGCUCAUGCUGGCUGUCUAUCGUCAGCACGAGGCUGUGGCCGAGGCCUUGUUGGCUGCGGGUGCCGAGAUCGAUACCAAGACCAAGGACGGCUGGCCCGUGCUGUGCGAGGCCAUUGGCAUCGGAAACACGCCCAUUUUGUCGCGCCUACUGGAUGCGCAGGUGCAGCACGACUUGAGCGAGACCAAGGCAAAGUCGGAGGAGUUUCUGCAGGUGCUGGCCGCACGGCCCGACUUUCAGCUUCGCAUGCACUGGGACGUCCACUCUUGGGUGCCGCUGGUCUCCAAAAUGUUGCCACAAGAUGAGGUGACGCUGUACAAGCGCGGAUCAGAGCUGCGUCUCGAUACGCACUUGGCCAUCUCACCCUCAGGCAUUGGGCGUGGGGACAUGACAAUCAUCAUCCGCAAUGAUGGCCGUGAUGGCUUAAUGCUGUAUCAUUUGAAUCACGAGAAGCGCGGGUAUUAUCGCAAGCAGGUCUUUGACGUGGGUCACAUGACCCCAGAAAAGCGCGACAUGAUGCUGGAGGACUUGCAGACGACUGAGCAGGUGGACGUUUCAAUUGAUGUGGAUCAUGCCGUGUGCACUCGAGCGUUGUCUGGUAUUUAUGGCUUUCGCACCGAGCGACAGGAAACCAUUGGUGAAUAUGAGUGCGACGUGUAUGAUUUGACCCAGGUUGGCGUGGUGUCCAAGCACCGCGCCGAGCAUCUGACGCCAGAGUUGCGGGCGUGGCGCAAGGCGCUCAUUGCCCGCAUGAAAGCUGCGCAUGCUGCUGGUCGUCCAGCACAUGAGGGGCGCCGCAAUUCCAAGUGCUCGGCCGAUGGAGACGACGUGAGCCCAGAAGACGUGCCCUCUGAUUCAGCAGACAGUGAUGUGGACGAGGAUGCUUCCGCGCCGUUGGAUCAGGUGGCACGCACCAACCAUAAUGGGGAUGACGAAGAAGAGUAUCCGGACCCACCCUUGAGCUCGCUGCCUCGGCACGAGGCCCCCGCAAUCACGUUUGAUGAAUAUCAGGCCAGCGCCGACCCACCCUAUCUGGGUCGCCCCUUUACUACAAAGGACAAGCGCAAGAAUCAUCGGGCAACACUGUGGAUGCACCAAGGCUUUCCACUCACCAUCGAGCACCUGGUCACGCUGCUCGAGGCCGUGGCACCCACGGAUCCCAUGAUUCAUUCGAUGACCACCUUUCUGCAGCAACGCCUGCCCCCAGGCUUCCCCGUCAAGCUGGACAUCCCCGUCUUUCCGACCGUGUCGGCACGCGUCACUUUUCACCACUUUGAAGAGCGAGCGAUAGAGGCCGAGUUGUUCGCCAUUCCAAAGGAUUAUCGUCUAAUGGGUGUACGGGCGGUGGCGAGCUCGACAGCAUAAAAGCGUGCAAGGCCGCAUCGGGUGUCCAAUCCAGGUUGUUACGGAGUCUCAGCUUGUCGACCAGCCGUUUUUUUAAUAAUUUGGUCGACGGGAGCAUGGGGAUAAGGGGUCGGUGGGAAGGGAAUGGCGAGGUGCGAUACACGUUGCAAAAAAAAAAAAAAGGUCAAGCGUAAACUCAGGAGGCGUCAGGACCGCGGAGGCCGCGGGGCAAGAGAAUGGAAGAGGCGGCGCCUUGCGAUUCGUCCUGGGUGGGUGAUGAGGUGCGAUCAGAGGCAGCGCUCUGAGCUUGGCGCUGCAGGUCCAGCAUGUGCACCAAGGCUUGAUCAGCCAGCGUGGCAUCGCUAUCUGUGGCUUGACCCGCCUGCUUCUCUUCAAACAGACCGCCAAGGACAUGCAUUUCUACAGCAGGCAUGUCCGUUUUGUUGGACUCUGGACGCUGCUCCUGACCGGCAUCCUCAUCGUCCUGGCCGACCUCGUCCUCAUCGUCAUCGUUUUGGUCUUCAAUUUCUGGUUCACAGGCAGACGAGGGCACAGGUGCUU